AUGAGGGAAAGCGGAACGCCACCAGAAAAAAUUGCGGAAAAAAUUGAAGAAGCCAUCGAUGAGCUGACCGAUGAGGGCGCCAAGACGAGGGCCAAGAAGGCGUCCGCAGCAUGCAAGCGUAUUUUCGGCGUAGUACGUCGUUUCAGGAGAGGACGAGCAACACCCUGUCACUCUCGAAGAAGCCCUGGACAAAUAUCUACCUGGCUAAGCGAUGAUCAGAAAGCGGAACUGAAGUCACUCAAAGAGAGCGGUGAUAAGGAAACCAUCUACAAGAAAGUCAUGGAGUACUUCGAAGGUACCAGUGGUGAGACGAAAGACAAGGCCGCAGAAGAACUGAAGGGCGCUUGCAAACAUUUCAUCGAAAAACUCCUGGGAGCUGAGAAGGCGGCCGAAUAUCGUGCUAUGAGGGAAAGCGGUACGCCAGCAGAAAAAAUUGCGGAAAAAAUAGAAGAAGCCAUCGAUGAGCUGACCGACGAAGGCGUAAGAACAAGGGCUAAGAAGGCCUCAGCUGCAUGCAAGCGUAUUUUCGGCGUAGUGCGUCGUUUCAGGAGAGACCAGCAGCCUGACAUCGAGGAAGGCAUGCAAAAGUUCCUGACGUGGUUGACCGACGAUCAGAAGCAGAAGGUCAAAGCGAACGUAUGA